GGUAUUUAAAUAUUUCAUUUAAAAAUAAUCAAAAAUAUAUGCAGAUAUACAAAUGCUUUAAAAUUAAUUGUUUUAAUUACUAUUUUUUUCUUUAUAUCUGAAUCAAAAUAUCAAUUAUAAUAUAUCUAUAUAUAUCUUUUAAUAUAUUUUUAUAAGCAAUUACGCAAUAAUUUUCUCAGUUAGGUUCACUCUAUUUUAGUAAGAAACAAAGUAAUCUCCUCUUUAUUUCAAAAUAAAAAAAGAAGUAGAAUUACAUUAUAAAUGCAGGAAAGUAAGCCACUAAAAAAAUAAAAUCAUUUCUACUUGGAGAAAAAUUUUAUUAAAAUAUACACAGGUAGAAGAUAGAAGUUAUCAACAUAAGCUCAUAAAUAACUAGUAGAAUAAACGGUAUAAUACUUCUUUAAUAAAUAAUUGGGAAUGUAAUUAUGCAAGUAGCACCAACUGCUAUGUAUCCUAUAUAUAAGAGCUAUUGAGAGUCCCUUGACCGCUUUUAUCUACAUUUAAAGUAAAGUAUCUAUCAUCCAAAGAUACCUAGAAGUAUCAAUGAUAGACUUAAUUACAUCAGGAUUAGCUUGA